CUCUCUUCUUCUUAUUAAUUUCCUUCUAUUUAUUUGAUUCUCUACCAAGUUGCCAUGUUCUUUGUCAGAACCUCUUAAACCAAAACUCAUAUCAACGUAGGUAAUUCUGACACACAAGUUUGGCGCUUUAAACAAACAUUUUCAAGUCCAAGGUAGUGCACAUGGGAAGACACUCUUGCUGUUACAAGCAGAAGCUUCGGAAAGGACUCUGGUCUCCAGAUGAAGAUGAAAAGCUUUUGAAUUACAUCACACAACAUGGCCAUGGUUGUUGGAGUUCAGUUCCAAAGCUAGCUGGUUUGCAGAGGUGUGGGAAGAGUUGCAGAUUGAGGUGGAUAAAUUACCUUAGACCGGAUUUGAAGAGGGGAGCAUUCUCACAGCAGGAAGAGGAUUCAAUAAUUGAACUUCAUGCAGUACUUGGCAACAGGUGGUCUCAGAUUGCAGCUCAGUUACCAGGAAGAACUGACAAUGAGAUAAAGAAUUUAUGGAAUUCCAGUCUGAAGAAGAAACUGAGGCAAAGAGGCAUUGACCCAAACACCCACCAACCACUCUGUGAGGUUGAGAUCAUCAAGGACAAAGAUUACAAGGAACCCACACCUGACAACAAAACCAUUCAUAAAGCCUCAGUGGGCUCCAAUCAUGAAAUGAUUAAUAGUCUCAUUGAUCCACCAAAACAAAAGGCAACAACUUCUAUCUCCAUAGAGAGAUACCACCCUCUUCAAAUGUCUUCAACCUCCAACAACAUCAUCAACAAUAACACCACCAGCACUCAGGAAUUAUUCCAAGACAAGUUUGGUACUACUUGUCAUGAUCAGGGAUAUUUCUCUUUCUAUGGAUCACCAAACAUGGGAAACAUUCCUUCAUCAUUUUGCUUCAUCCCAGGUUCUUCCACUUCAGACCUCAAUAAUUCUAGUACUAUAAACUUUUCCAUGCUCAACUCUGUGUCAACCUCAAUUUUGCCAAAACAUGUCAAGUCAAAUAACCCUUCCAUAUCCUCUGAUAGCAGCAGCAUAACCCAAUUGCAGAACAGCACUAACUUCUAUGAUGCUCAAUCUCAUCAUCAUGUACCUUUACAAGCAGAAUUGCAGCAAGAAGGAAUUAAAUGGUCUGAAUAUCUCAACACCCCUUUAUUUCUGGGAAAUGCAGCAGUCAAGAAUCAGAGUACCACCACCACCACCACCACUCAAUCUAUCUACAGUAGUGAUGAGGUUAUUAAACCUGCAGAACCAUCAGGGUUCAUCACAGAUGAAUCUAGCACUACUUGGCAUCAGCAUCAUUUUCAACCUUUGGACUUAUAUACCAAAGAUAUGCAGAGAUUCUCGGUUGCAUUUGGACAAACACUUUAGCCUCAUGCUGCACUCAACAUGUGGAAUGAAAAGUUUGAACCACAUAGAAAUAUCCCAACAUUUUCCAACGUGAAUAGGUCAGAAAUUUGUCGUGAGUUCUGACCCGAGGUGUGCACUUGAUGUAAUUUUUUUUUUUUUACUUUUUCUGAGUCCAUCAAUUAUUCAAAAAUUCAAUACUCCCUGAGUGUGUUACAGUCAAAACCGUUGAUAGGAAAAUGUUUUCACAUACUCUGGGUUUAGAAAAGGAGAGAACGGAAGCGAAUUAAUAUCAA